UGUUUUCCUUUUCAUAUGGCCAUGUCAAUUCUUAUCUAAAGUUACCAUAGCUCCGUAGACUCUUAAUCUUCCUUCCUCCGUCUGAUGGAUAACUCGGACUACGAUUAUACAGCAUGAUCGAUCACGUUCUCGGUAAACCUUCCGUGAAGUCGCGCAGGCUUCAGGUACUUGCUGUGCUGACAUUUUGGUCCCUGUAUCUUUUCAAAGGCAAUCGACAUGGACCGCCCGUUGCUCGGUACUUGUCUAAGACCUCCUCGAAAUUAUUGACAGUAUGGCAGACCGUCGUACUAACCAUGAUGUAUUUAUACGCGGCUCGGAACUUCAGCACCCUCGUCGGACUUGCUAGCCCUGAGCCCAUGGCGAACAUGUACGAUGCUAAGUAUUUUCGCGCAACGUGGGUAUUGACUGCGCUCGACGCGGGUUUUUGGACGGCCAUGAAAAUUAAGAAGAAAUGGAUACGAGAUAUAGCUAGCUUAGCAUUCUCCCUCUUUUAUCUCGUGGCAGCAGAACGUGCGGAUGAGAAGGUUAGGAAAGUUCGAGGUGCGUUGACUGUCGAUCACCUACGGGUAAGCUGGAAUAAGGGCACCACGCCAUACCUACGAGCCGUUCAAAACUUGAUGCGCCCCCGGUUCACACGGUGGCCGCCGCGAGCGAUUCGUAUCCCUCGGCCUAGCUCCAGCGACUACAAAGAACCGGUCUCCGGGUGGUUGUACUACGACGGGCCCAUAUCAGACUUGGAGCACAUCAACAAGAUGAUCUUAGACAUCCCCGGAGGAGGCUUUGUGGCUAUGGACCCGCGAUGCAACGACGACAAGCUCUUCGCAUGGGCCGGAAAAACCGGCCUUCCAAUACUCAGUCUAGAGUAUAAGAAAGCACCGGAGUUCCCGUAUCCGUACGCUCUAAACGAGUGCUUCGACGUGUACACGACCAUCGCCAGAAGCAAGGGGCGGUGCAUAGGGAUGUCAGGUAUGGAGAUUCCGAAGGUAGUGGUGACGGGUGAUAGCGCUGGUGGAAACCUCGCGACGGCCAUGACUUUGAUGAUAAUCGAGAACAACACAAACCAACGUCAAUAUCCGAUCCAGGCGGAGCUUCCUCUUCCCGCCGGACUUAUACUUCUCUAUCCUGGUCUAGACAUGAACAUCGGGAACUGGAUGUCUGACGAGCAGAUGUCUUUGAUUAAGGACCGGCGGGUGCGAGCGACGAACAAGGACUACCUGCGUCGGAAGAAUAUGCAAUACAACGACCUAGUUGGCACUCCUCACCAGUCCGACGACGAAGAUGAAGAGCCUUCCGGUCCGAUUCCUAGCGAAAGCCCAUCUACGUUGGAUACCGGCACUGACGAUAGCGGACUCCGCAGCCCCCAGCCCGAAUACUCCCACGCCAAUCGCCAGACCUGGGCGAAAUCCGAACAGUCGACCCUGAUCUCAAACCGGAACGCCAAGUCGACGUCGCAUAGGCCCGAACCGAUGAAGACGCGCUUGGCCAUGGCGUCCAUGAUCUCCUACUUCAACGACCGCGUUCUCACCCCCGAGAUGAUGCGCGCGAUGAUCAUCCUGUACAUCGGGCCUCACAACCGGCCCGACUUUUCGCAGGAUUACCUCCUAUCUCCUAUCUUGGCCCCUGAUCUCCUAUUGCAGAAAUUCCCGAAAACCUACUUCCUCACUGGCGAGCGUGAUCCUUUAGUUGAUGACACAGUCAUCUUUGCUGGGCGCUUGCGCCGUGCCAAGCACGCUUUCCAUUCGCAGCGCAGCUCUGAGAGAACGAGAGGUCUAGACGAUAUUACGGACUUCGAUGAAAAGGACGUCGCCGAGAUCGUCCUGAUCCCUGGUAUUAGCCACGGCUUCACGCAAUUUCCAAAUUUGUACCCGCCUGCGUGGAAGCUGAUCGAUCGCUGCGCGCGAUGGGCAGUGGACGUUCUCGAUACGGCAGAGACACGCAUGAAACGUGAACAGCAGAGCUUGUCACAGCGUCAUCACGCGCGUGCUGAGUCUAGCGGCGACGAGGACCGGCCACUCGAGAUAAAUAUGACAAAAAUGCGGUCGCGUGCUAUCAGCGAUAGUGCCAAGGUGAAGCCAAACAGCGCUGAACCGGCAGGAGAGGAUGUCAACGCUGAAAAGCCGAACGGAAACACGAAGAAGAGGAGAUCUAGUGGGCGGUCCGGAUUUGGGCAGAAAUCUAAGAGCUUCAUUAAACUAGAUAGUUCAGAAGAUCUACUCGGACGACGUAUGCAGGGCCUCGCCAGUUCUCUAACCGCAGGACACGAUGAAGAUUAACGUACCCGGUGGGUGGUUAAGUUGAGAGAAUAUUGGUACCGUUUCCACUUGGUCACGACCAGAGGCAUAAACCACGAUGUAUCAAGUUCUCCUUAGUUCCACGUUGAGAUAUGCGAAGAGCCUGAUCGAUAUAUUUCAUGAGUUCGGCAUCUGCCUAGGUUCCCAUCGCCCCGGAACAAAACAAGAUACCUGGCCGAUUACAGAAAUAAUUCAGCCUCGUAUUUUUCAGCACCUAAAGGAGCCCCCCGAAGAGGGAAAUUCUGUUAGUUCUCUCACGUGCAAAGGUUGAAAAUGGCUUCCAUGCCACUUAUCCGAAUCCACAGUUCAUAUAUGAAGAGCUUUGGAUCAUUCAAGUAUAGCAUAUAUUGCGUCAGGUUAGAUACCUUUAAAGUGGUCGCCACCACACGCUAUCAAAGCAAUAACAAACCUUUUGAAUAUAGAUUAAGUAGCCUUAUGGUUAUAGAGAAUUAUGGGGACAUAAUCUACCUAUUAUCGUUAGUAUUUCGUAAAGAUUAUUAUAAUGAUAUUAAGACGAAAAAGCUAGCAUCGUCGAAUAUGAUGUUAGGGAACCAGAGCGUCGUCGAAACAUACUGAGUAAUCCACCGUAUACUAUCGUCAGGUAGCCUCACGGCUGGGUACCGUGGCAAUUAUCUUAGCAUCAU